AUGGCCAAGAAGGACUCUGAGAAGUCUUGGGGGGCUUUCCCCUUUUUCGCUGAGCCCAGCCCUCAGAUGCAGAAAGGGCGCUCGGAGGCCCGAGCUGAGAGCCGAGACUGGUGCUCUCCCCAGUCCAGUUCUAGGGGCUAUGAUCGUCCUUACUCUGCAUCUGGCUCCCGGGGGGGUCAGCUCCCAGAAAAUCCCUGGAAGCAGAGUUGCUUGGGCAUUUUCCCGGAGAGCGGAUUCGGAGGUAGAACGCGCGGGGGUCUUGGGCGGCGAGUCAGCCGCUUUCGAAGCUCCGCUUGGGCCCGGGCGCAGGCCUGCCCGACGCCGGCCUGCAGCUUGCGACUCGGGGUCCGCGGCGCCUUCCUCCUCGACCCGUCCGGCCAGCCCAUUGGCUCAGACGUGCACCGCCCGCGUCUCCGCGAGAUCCCAUUGGCCGGCGGCCGCGGCUUAGACAAAGGGAGCGGCGGCGGCGGGCGGCGAUUGGGCCGGGAACAGGAUGGGGAAGGCGAGGAGGGGGAGAGCGGGGGUGUUCGAGAGGGAGGACUCCUAGGCCGGGUGGAGGCGGGGGCGGGGCCCCUCCGCGGGGGCGGGGCCGAGAGCCCCUGGAGGGCGGCGGCCGCAGGGCGCGGGGCGGCGGGAACCCGCCCGCCCCUCCGCCCAGCACCCCUCCCGCCCCGGGGCUCCUGCGCGGACCGCGGCCGCUGCGGCCUCCUCGUCUUCCCCGAGGGUUCCGCGUCCGUCUGCGCUAGCUCGGCCGCGAACGUGGGAAAGCGGGAACCUGGGUCGAGAAGGACGUGCCCGGACCCAGGUCUGGACGUGCAACCCGAGCCGCAGCGUAGCGGCGGGACGCGCCGCCCCUUGGCCUUGGAGCCCCUCUCCGGGACUGCUGGGCCUCGGGGUUCCUCUGCGCGUCCGCUCGCAGGCAGGAGAUGCGGGCCCUGGCGCUGGAAGACGUGUCCGGCACGCGGACAGGAAGCUCCUCGCGCUUCCUGGAGAGUUGGCUCGGCGGGGUGCGUCGCCUGGGAGGGAGGGAUGGGCCGUGGGGCGACCGGCCGGGCGGGGAGUGGCUUCUGGGGGCCCCCUCGCCAGCGGCGGGCCCGCGAGGCCGCCCUCGGAGCGCCGCCAGGUGAUAACAAGGUGACCAUGGCUAACAUACAGGCUGGACGCUGCCCUGCUGUUCCCACCGAUGCCUGGGGCUCACCGCCAACACGCUGCCAGCCGGCUCUCAGGGGCCCACGACCACUUGACUGGGAUCAAACAACUUGGCUGCCUCCACCCCCAGGGAUGUGGAGCACAAGAGAAUCGUCUGUGCGGAGCCUGGACGGACUGGGAGCUGGGGCGAUGUGUGACAGAAGGCUGUGAGCUCUGAACCCUCCGGGAGCUGUACUCGGCCAGUCCGACUGCCUGCCCUGCACUGAGAGAAGAGGUCACACCCCUCGGUAGCGUGGGGACAGCUGGAGGAGCCCGGCUGGACUCUGAGCCUGGCCGCCCGUGUCAUCAGUGCCAGUCUCUGAUGGGCCCUGGACGUGCCAUGGGUGCCAGGCUUGGGGCUCAGCACCCUCUGGCCUGGAUUUCAUUAGCUCCUCUGCUACCUGAAAACCCUGCCUGUGUGUGGGCACCUAAGCAAGAGUACCAACAGCAGCUGGCAGUGACGGUGUCCACGUCCCACGCUCACCUGCUGCUUCCCACUCGCAGGACCCGCUCCUCCUCAGCCACCUGACACAGUAGGUGUGCUGACCGCCCUCCCGUCCCUGGGGCCGAGGUCCUGUGAGCUGCCAAGUGUCUGCAAGCAGAGGCCAGCCUCUUACCUGCAGAGACAGCGGCAGGGCCCCCCGUGGCCGCUUCCAGAGGAAGGGGUGGGCAGUGCUGGAGGAAGGGGACUCCUUAGUGAUGGAGCUCCUGCUGUGGACCAGGCCCUUUGUGGACCUCCGUGAAUUAACUGGGGCUUCCCUCAGAGGGUAAAGAAUCUGCCUGCAAUGCAGGAGAUCUGGGCUCGAUCCCUGGGUAAGGCAGAUCCCCUAGAGAAGGGAAUGGCAACCCACUCCAGUAUUCUUGCCUGGACAGAGGAGACUGGUGGGCUACAGUCGAUGGGGUCGCAAAGAGUUGGACACAACUGACCUCCUAAUACAUAAUUAACUUCUAUGGCUGUGGAGGGGUGUGUGUGUGUGUGUAACAGUAUAUUUCAGGUGAGGAAACCGAGGCUGGAUGAAGAUGCCUAGCCCACUGGCUGGAAGGGAUUUGAACAUUGCCUGGUGCCUACAGCCUUGUCAGCAGCUGCAGCUCCUCUGAAGGAGAGAUGAAGACUGAGUCCACUCCGGCCGAGGGCUAGGUGGGGGUCCCCCAGCUCCUGUGGGAGCAGAAACUGUACCUUAUUGUGCAGGGUGGCCUGAGGAUUAGACAAAGCCUGGGCGUGGAUCCGGAGGGCCCAGCCAGAUCCACUGCCUCUGCCCUUCCUGCCACCGCCCGGGACCCCUACGUCUGUGAAGGCUGCACUACCCCCACCCCCUGCCCAGCUCUGACCCUCUGCCUGAGGAGUGGAGGGGCCUGGGUUCCCAGGCAGAGCCUAUCCUAGAGCCCCCACCUGCCUUGUCUCCAUCAGCCCUUGGCUGUCACUGGCUCUAAUUACCCAGGCUCCAUCUGCUGGGGCCUC